UCCGUGUAGACCGUAUUGUCAUAGUAACAAUACACUCUUUUUAUGGAGUAGCUUGUUUAUUUCCAAUAAUGAGCGCUACAACACGGACGGGUCUCGUUCCGACCCCCAACAGACAUGUACAAUUUCUAAAAAGGCGUAAGAAUUAUCAUGCUGAUGAAUCACGGAUGCCUAAAUUUGAAGCGUUUCCUAUGCCACUUUCACUGCGUCCCUUCGGCGGGCUGUUCAAUCCAUUUCCCAAGGGCUGUUCCGUCCUGUGCAACCAUCCAGCACCAUCCGGUGUAAAGGAUGUCAUAAAUCAAUUCAAAACAGCUCUGGCCAUCGAAGGGAAAAAUCACCAGAGUCGCAUCGAUAAGCCAAGGAAAGUGUCUAAUGAAAAAAAGAUAGAGCCGCAUGAAACGGAUAACAUCCCCGAAGACCUGUUCCGGCGUUAUGCUGUGACGGACUCCCGCCCAAUGACGCCAACUACAACGAUGACCAGUACCCACACAAGGACCAGUGCCGGUUCCUUUUACCGUCGUUGCAUCACUCCCGAAUGGGGAAAGCACGAGAACAUCAAGAGGAAAAAAAUCAUAUUGGAUCUCAGACGAUCACACUCCCAAGAAACACUUUACUGGAAGCCCAGCUCCGAGCUUACCCAGAGCGGAUUGGAGGAGGAUAAAAAGCCUAGAAGUGCUGGGGCUAAUGCCAAUGGCAAUGGGAACAUGAAGCCCAGGAGACAGCAGUCUAAUGAGCAGCGAACUAAGUCCUCUUUUGCCACUGCCAACGUAGCUCCCGGAGGGGACCCCAUGGGUAGGCUGGACGGCGAGAUCAGGACCUGUAUCAAUGAACACGAAUUAAGCGAUGAUGAUGUGCGCAGGGGAAAAAAACGUAAAAAGUUAAAGCCUUCUCAAGGUACGUGUCCAGUAUGGAAAUCAGUCUAUGAAAUUUGUAGAACUUACCUAUUUGCAGCCACCACCACCUUUCACUUGAACGAGGAUCCGGAGACACAAGUAGCAGCUCUGGGACCAGAUUCGCUCAAUCCCAGCACUAGACCCAGUCUGAUACCCAAUUCGGUCAAUCUGCUGAUGAAGGAUAAAAGAGAGAGUGAGCAGGGCCCGAUUAUAUUGAAGGGAAGUUUUCUCACAGAUGAAGCCUUUCAGACCUUGAAAACCGAUUUGGAUGUAGAUUUGAUAGAGAAUACUUUUGGCAGAUACCUCAAUCGUGCUCUCAGAGAAGCCAUAAAGUAUAUGCCCCCCAAACACAAGAUGGUUCAAAAGGCCACUGACGAUAAUCACUCCACUGAAAGUACGUCCAAGAUGCCACGCAAGUUCUCAAAAUCAGCCACAAGGUUUGAUGUGCCCAUGGAUCUAUCCAAGAUAAGCGCGAUGACUCCAUGGGAUUACUUGAGCAAAUAUGUGUGGGUCUCCCAACAGCGGAAGCAGCUCUACAAGCGCGUCUUUCUUAAAUAUUUGAGGCGUUGCGAAGAGCCAGAGAUCAACCGGAAUGUCAUGGGCAUUGAUAAGCUGGCUCUGACGGAAUAUAGGUAUAAGGAGCGCACACUGCUUUGGCAGAGCUUGCCCAAAGCUCUUGAGGAUGUUCUAGAAUUUCACGGCACCGAGCAAAAUGUCUGUAAUACACUCAAUAUGCUGGGGUAUGAUCAGAAAGAAAAUGUUGACUUGGACUUUCGAGCCUGGUGCGGCAUUGUUUCUUUUGCUGAACGAUUGGCGCUGGCCGAUGAGUCAGGAUCGGAUGAUUCAUGCGACGAAUUGGAAAAGGCGGACUUUACCAGUAUGGAACAGAUAGUGAACCUAUUCAAUGUGCCAGAAAAAUUGGUUCAAAUAUUUAGAGUAAUUCGCAAAUCGCAUAAUAACAAAUAUUAAAUUUACCGGUCGGAAAGUGCCAGCCGCUUUAUAAUGCUCGAUUGAUCGAUUGAUGCUACAAUGAAGAAAAAUGUAAUCACAUUAACGCGGUGGAACAAAUACCAAUUACAUGGAUAUAAAUGGAAUAAAUGAUUAGUGUAAUAAUGGUACUCAUUUUAUUAAUUUAUAAGUUGAUAAAAAACAUGGUGACUACAAUUGCUGAAAUUUGUUCCGGAGAAUCUUCAACGACAUCAAACGCGCACAAAUAAUACAUUUUCUGCUGAUCACAUUUGUGACCGUACACUUUUGCGACUUUUUCCGACUCUCACUGAGUCCAGAGACAACAAACUCCACUAUGUAUCGCAUUUAUUUAUAUGUAUUUUUAGUAAAGUAAACUAAAGUAUAGUAUUUUUAGUAAGCCCAGAACUAAGACACGCAAAAUAUUAUUUUGCUCUGUGCCCAGUGUAACCAAAGUAGACAAAGUGCAUUCUAUGGGUAAACUGUUUUGUGUUUGCUUAGUGCUAGUACUCAGAUCGAAAAAAAAUAUAUUGCACAUUUUGCCAGCAGCAGAGGGUGACCAAAGGUGAAAACUGCAUUCCGUACGGUUACACUUCUCAGG